UGAUGAAGAAGCACCGGUGAGAAAAAAUUGCCAAUUCCUAUCCUUAGCCUUCAGCCUGUCAUUUUCAGGAUCUUCGCCAUGGCCGAAAGGACUAUGGGCACCUUCGGACGGAAUAAUACCGAAAGCACUACGGAUACCGAAACGUGUAAGCUACAGGAGCGCGAAGGUGGGCGUGCGGCAUGGCUCACGGUUGCUGGCUCCAUACUGGUGUACUACGCCUCCUUUGGGGUUAUGAACAGCUUUGGCUUCUUCCAGAACUACUAUAGCAGCGACUUCCUGGAAGAAACACCACCAUCGACUAUCGCCUUCAUUGGAACGGUUCAAAUGGCGCUCAUGAAUUUGCUGGCUGCUCUUUCAGGGGCCCUUUGCGAUCGGUAUGGUGUUAAAUACCUCUACGUUGGCUCAGGUGCUGGUACUGUGCUGGCUCUCAUCAUGUUGUCAUUUAUACACCCCGGACAGUUAUGGCUGGUUCUCAUGACGCAAGGCUUGCUGAUGGGUUUCACCAUUGCUUUCGGUGUGCAACCAGCAGUUACGGUAGUUGGUCAGCACUUUACAGAACGACGUGCCUUGGCUAUGGGAUUAGUUUCUACAGGAUCGGCACUGGGCGGCAUCGGCUUCCCGCUAAUGUUCGAUCAACUACUACCGAGAUUGGGCUUUCCAAAUUCGCUACGUCUGGCUGCUGUAAAGAUAGCUGUUUGCUACUUUGUCGCCCUACGUAUCUCUACGAGCAAGCCCAGUGGCAAACCGAAUCGCAAAGGGCUUAAUUCGCUCAUCGACUUCAAAGGAUUUAUCGACACACGCUAUGCUGUACUAUGCAUCGGAACGUGGCUUGCCAUACUAGGCCUUUGGAUCCCUGCGUAUUAUCUCAAGCCAUAUGCUAACUCAGUAUAUCCUGGCAACAAAGUUAGCGACUAUUUCUUGUGCAUGCUGAACGGCUCCAGCAUUAUCGGCGCAACUUUGGGAGGCUUCAUUGGGGAUCAAAUCGGCAGACUGAACCUACUCUGGCCCAUUACCCUCGUCUCUGGCUGCCUUUGUCUUUUCCUAUGGCUACUUGGCAACUCCAUGGCUACUCUCAUUUUCUUCGUCUGCGUAUACGGCUUCUUGACCAGCAAUGUUACUGCUCUCCCACCCUCCAUAAUUGGCCACAUCACACCCAACGAGAAGUUGGGAGCGCGCAUUGGAGCUUUCUACAGCGUCAUCGCUAUAGCUAGCCUUGUUGGUACACCGAUUGGUGGUGCACUUAUCACGAAUCAUGACACAAGAGACGGGUAUCGAUGGUUGAUCGUAUUUUCAGGUGCUGCGCUUCUCAUCGGAUCAGCUUUCAUGUUCAUCAGCCGGCUAUUACAUGACAAGGCCCUCCACACGAAAUGGUAGAUAUGUGGCCACCUCGCUAGUAAGCGAGGAGAAGUUUUGGAUAAAGAUGUUGAUUGAACUCAGGAUGAAGACGAACUCCAUUCCAUAUACUGGAAGCUAGGCCUGUCAUAUGACGUCCUUUACAACACUCGCCCUCAGAUAGAGCUGGGGUGGAGUACCUCCCGACACAAUAUCUCGCAUCGACAUUUCGGGGGCCAGAAGUCGUCAUAGAUGACUUCUCGCACCUCGUCAUCCUUUUCUUUCUUCUCAAGGCCAGGAAGAACAGUCUCCUCCAGCUCCACUCCACCCAUAUCUUCUUUGUAGAGCUGUCCGAGCUCCUCAGUAGUAAUUUUCAAUUCCUUCCUCGCACAAUCGCGGAG